AAUGCUAGGAUGUGCGUAUCUAUAAAACGUAACCGAGUAAGGCUUGUCUAAAGGGAGCAACAGAAAUUCAGGAAUCUAGCUGCAUAUCAACGAAGAGAGAGAGAGAGAGAGUGCGCGAUAGAUAGAUAAAUAGAUAGACGCAGAGAGAUAAAUAGAUCGUGAGGGAGACAAACAGACAGACAGACACUAAGAGAGAGGACAUUUUGUGAUGUGUGGGAGAUUACAAGUAUCACGAAUGGCUGCCUGCUCACGGUAUUAACAAGACUAAAACCGUGAGUGCAACCAUAACUCCGAAAGUUUCACAGAAGUGAAGCCGAUAUAAUUUCUACUCGAUCGUCAACCGAAGUUGUCAACGCAGACGACAGGAUGGAUGCUGACAGCUGACAAGCGCUGUGACAUAGUUUUGCAGGGUGAAGAGAGUAGAUGAGAGACACACGGAGUAAGAUGGCGGUCUGGGUGCUAGUGACAGCAGCAAUGUCAUUGUUGUCUCUCACCUCGGUGCAUUCUGAUUCCGCAUCGACAUUUCGCUGUGAUGCGGACUACCUGCAGAAUUUCACGAACUGGGAAGCAGACAUCAACACACGUGAGACGCCACAAGGCUUCAUAGAGAGUCCCAACUACCCGAACCAUUCCCCAACCUACGAAGGCAGUAAGAAAGCUCCUCGCGCCUGCUCGUGGCUGCUGAGAGGCGACAACAUAGAACUGUACGUGGAGGAAUUCGACGUAGAAGCUGCGAACACGAGCGGAGAUUAUGUCCAGGUUAAGGGGGGGACGGUGUACCGGGGAGUUCUGUCGUGGGGCGAGCAGAUCGCUGUCGACAGAGGCGACGUGCGCGUUUAUUUCUACAUCAAUCAAGUGGUAGCGAGUCGAGGAUUCAGAAUCAAGUUCAUCGCGUUGCCGACGUUUCAAUGCGACGCGAGGUAUCUGAAAGAUGAAGUAUCGUGGCAGAAAGUCAUCGACACCAGCGAUAUUCCCCAGGGCUUCAUCGAGAGUCCGAACUACCCUCGCGUCGCUCCCAGCUACGGACUGGUCCAAUAUGACCGCACGUGCAAGUGGAUUCUGAAAGGAAGCGACCUAGAAAUCGAAAUAAAAUACUUUGAGUUGGAGAGCGAUAAUUCGGAAACGUUUCUCCAGUUUAACAACGGUGCGAUGUACAGAGGCCAGGAGCUUCAUGCGGGAGAUAUAAUCCCGACAGGAAACGGCGACAUGACAAUACGUUUCUCCAUCGACCAGUACGGAUCCGAGAACAAGGGGUUCAGCAUUAAAUUCAUGGAACUCUCAAGCGUAACAACACUAACCUCGCCCGAAACCACGGUGCCAACAACAACAACCACGAUGGAAACCACAAUCGCCAUAGUAACCAGUGACAUCACGGCAUCUGUGACAACCGCGACACUACCGGCGUCUGCAGUUAAAACCCUACCCACGGGCGUGAGCAGCAGGCUUAAUGAAGAAGGUACAAGGCAGGACAAUUUAGGCAUUGGCUCAUUUUCUACAGCUUUAGUAGCAGGACUCGUAUCAGGAAUUGGAGCUAUCAUCAUCAUCGUCAUCAUCGCUGUGGUUAUCAUCUGUGUUCGCCGUCGAAGGAAGAGAGUAAUGAGACAUUCUCCGGUAGAUGGCAGCACUUUCGUGACUUUCACAACGGCAGCCACGAAUCAGCAGACAGAUUCUAGCACCAUAAAAAUUCAGGAAAAAAGCGUUGGUGAGACGCCAGUCACUACAUCGCAAGUAAAUAACACCAGUGGCGUUACCUCUAUGGAGAACAAUGACAUUUACGAGUCUGCUGGUAACGGACUCGUUGGUAAUGACAUAUACGAGAGUGCAACCACUACAGGGAACGUCCGUGCUGCUAGUGGCGCCCCCGGCAUGGACAACAAUGACAUAUACGAAUCUGCUGAUUACGGACUUGUUGGUAAUGAGAUAUAUGAUAGUGCAACCCCUACAGGGAACACAAAUAACGCGAGUGGCGCCACCUCUAUGGACAACAAUGACAUAUACGAGUCUGUUGAUAACGGACUUGUUGGUAAUGAGAUAUAUGAGACACCAGACGCUAGUGGGCACGUCGAUAGCGCGGGUGGCGCCCCCUGCCUGGAGAACAAUGACAUUUACAAGGCCUCUGAUAAUUCAAGCCUUCACGAUGAUCACCAAUACGAAAGUGUGCUUGAUAUGUAAAAUCGGACCAAAGUUACACUACACGCUACAUUAAUCUCACAAGCUAUACGCGCUGCAGCCAUGAUGCAGUGGUACGCUAGCAUCGCCUCUACAAAGACAUCAGUGGCGCCUCCUGCCAAGAGAAAAACAACGUUUUACGAGAUUUCGGAUAUGUCUAAGUAAAAUUUGCAACAAUAGCGGAUGAUCAGUGAUACGAUGAAAAUGACAAUUAUUGUAUGUAUGAGAAUAGAUGUUACAUCACGUCAAACAGUCACCACUCUAUAAUAACAACAAAUCUAUAUGUCAGAAUAUAUUACC